GAUAUUUCUGCGUAGAUUUUCGCUAAAUAUGCUGGAGCAUGAUAUUAUCCGAAACGCGGAUUAGAGAAAAGAUAAAGGAAAACUCAUCUGCGCUAAAUUAAACCUGCAAUUUUGUUUCGACGUUUGAAAUAUGGAAGCAGGAAUCAACGUUGAAGAAAUUUUCAACGCCAAGACGAAAAAUCUGGAAGACGAUUCUGAAUACGCAACAGCUGCAAUUGAAACCUUAGAAGAAGUCCUUAAGAAUAGCAAACCAACAACUCUAAGGGAAGUUUUAGAAACGCUAAGGAAAUCCAUCAAGGAAAUCUACUUUCCUGAAAACUCAACAGAUUCUAAGGAAACAAGCAAUGAAGACCGAGUGAAUGUGAAAAAGUAUGGACCCGACGAUUUACCUCUCUCCGUCAUAUCGGCCUGCGAAUUGUUCGGCCUCUACAUCACACUUUCUAAAGGAGCUCUAGAAAAUCCUGACAUGGACAAGUGUCUGAAAAUUAUCCAAGAAAGGGCGCGCCACUUCCUUAAGUCAUUGCAGGACGGGAGAGACAGGCUGCCAAAAUUCUUCCUUCCAACUUUAAGAAAUGGAGGGAGGUACAUGACCUAUUCUCUGUCAAACACCGUGGUCAGAACUCUGACUCAGGCUGCAGAAAAGGGCCUUCAUUUUACAGUUUAUGUUGCAACAGGAGCGCCUCGCAAUAAAGGAGAUCUGAUGGCAACUCUACUGCGCAACGUUUCAAAGCAGCACGACUACGCAAUUACUGUGCACGUCAUUCCCGACGUGGCUGUGCCCAUCGAGAUGGAAAAGGUCAAUGGCGUCAUCGUCGGCGCAGAGAGUGUCACUGCCAACGGCGGUAUCCUGAACCACACGGGCACUUUCAACCUGGCCCUUGCAGCUGCUCACUUCAAGAAACCGGUCUACGUCCUUGCCGAGAGCUACAAAUUCAUGCAAAUGUUUCCCGUCAACCAAGCUGACGUUCCCAGAGAGCUGGAGCGAUUUAUUUCUCAUCGAACGGGGAAGAAUGUUGUGGUGAAGCCUUACACUUUGGAUUACACGCCGCCCGAGUACAUCUCGAUGAUUUACACGGACGCUGGCGCCUUUACGACUGCGGCGGUGAGCGAGAGACUUCUGGAGCUGUACACUUGAAAAGGUCUAAUUUUGCUCUCUGCAUUAAAAGUACUUUAUUUCUCAUAUCAAACCUCAAACCUUUUUAUUGGUUCUUUGCUUGAAAAUGAGUAGAAUUCAAACACUUUUCGAUUUAUCAUUUUAUUAAAAUCUGUUUGAUGAUUCUUAUUACAAAAUUGUAAAGGAAGAACACAGAAUUAUUAUAGUUAAGUACAAAGUUAUAUGAUGGCAGUUUGCCUCGAGGCUUCGUGCAAUUGAUUUACAACUCUGAAGAUUUCGUCAAACUUGGGUCGAUUUUCCGACUCGUAUGCCCAGCACUUAAGCAUUAUUUGGUACAUUUCGGGCGGCGUUCCCUCUGGAGCGGGCAUUCGAUAUCCUGAUGUCACAAAAUUUAUUAAGGGCAACAUCUUUAAAACUGAAAUUACCUUCGUCGAUUCUCUCUCUGGCUUGACUGUUGCUCAUGCCGUUGUAUGGGACUCCUCCCUUGGCAAAAAUCUCCCAAGCUAAAACUCCAUAGCUCCAAACAUCACACAGA